ACACUUUGUUGGAGGUGUUGAACCAUGAAGAGAUGUUUUUUUUAAUGUAUGUGUGUGUGUGUGAGUGUGUUCGAUGUCUAGACACACAAAACACACUUUGUCUGAUUUGUGGGCUUAUUUAAAACAAGUACACCAUUUAUGUUUUCUCGUGUGUCACGACUUCAGACGCUUUAACAUAAUGCAUCCUUUUGUUGUUUUUACUCUGCAGACAUCAGGAGGGUUUUUAAAAAGGAGGAUUCGAGACGCAGUUUUCUUUGUUUGCUCUGACACUGUAAGAGCAGAAUGGACGGUCACCAGCUCAAUAAUCCAACCUCGGACUCAAUCUUAGUGACUUCAGACAAUCAGGAACAGGAAAUAUCUUCAGACUGCAUCCAUACCACGAAAAACACGAGCUGUCAGCACUUCGGUCCAGUGGUCGGUCUGUCAACACUCUGCUUGCUGCUGCUUGUGUCCUGCGUAGCUCUUUCUGUCUUGUAUCACAAUGAGUCACACGGCAGACCAGAAUGUAAAAGCCUCUUCUUCGACUUCCAGAACAUCAGUAACAGCUAUCUCACUCUUACUGAAGCAAACAGCGACCUGCGAGGGGACAAUGAAGUCUUGAAGGAGCGCGGCGCCUGGCUGGACAAACAGACCAAAGUUCUUAACAGCACUUCAGCCAAACUCAUGUCUGUCAAUCUCGCUUUGAGUUUUGAAAGCAGCGAGUUGAUGAAGCAAAUUGUGAAUCUGACUUCUACAAACUUAAAGCUCACACAAGAACAUGAGCGUUUGGUCCGGCACACAUCCAAGCAGGAGGAAGAGAAGCGGAACAUGUCGCAAACGAUCAAAUAUCUGGUCGACUCGAAUGCUUGGCGAGAGGAUGAGGAGCGACGGCUCUCCGAGAUAAACAGCUUCCUGAACGAUGAGCUGUUUGAAGUGAAAGGAAAGAAUGCAGAGCUUCUGGAGAUCAACGACGGGCUUCAAAGAGAAAUUAAAAAUCUGAAUGCACAGAAAACAGACCUUCAAGAGCAAAACCAGAACCUGAGCAGCACAGUGAUGAAAGAGAGGCAGGAGGCAGCAGGCACCAAUCUUCCUCCAGGUACCGGCUGAGAAGAUCUGGAUGGAGCCUGAUGACUCGAAGCUCGGCGACCCUCUGGGAGAAGAUUGUGGACACAGAGACCAGUAAAAACGCACUAAAGUCCUGGAUGGAUGGCUCCUGUAAGAUACAAUAAAGAUGGAUCUGUGAUCAUCCACAAACAAUUCUGUUUAUUUCAUUUUGUGAAUAUAACAAUAAUACACUAAUUUGAAUUUGUAAUUUUCUUUAUGUAUGUAUAUCUUUGAUUCAGUCCAUUUCUUUUGCUCUCUAGCUGCAAAUAAAGACAGUUAUC